UUGUCAUUUUAACCCCGCCCCCAGCGUCGAGCGGACCCUGACGUCGUCACUCCUGGGUAGCAACAGUUGCCUUGAGACCCCGCCGCGCCAUAGUGACUGUAGCCGUGGAGACAGUUACUUACCAACGGGGAGCAACACUCAGCAACCGCAGCGGCAGCAGCAGCAUCUGGAGGUGACGGGGAGAGUGAAAACACAGGAACAACUUUCCUCCAAACUAAGCUACAAUCGGGCAGAAGGCGAGGUACACCCUGGACAAGUCUCCAACGCAGCAGCAUGCAGAGCUCAGAGGGCGGGUCCGACACUUCCCCCAGCGUGGCGGCCCUGCGGACUUCAUCAUCAGCCCAGGCCCCUGUGGUACAGCCCGUCCCAGCAUCCCAGCAGAGGGCGCUGGUACAAGCCACAGGCUCAGUUCAGAAGGGUGGACAAGUACAGCAGCUUUCAGUAUCCAGGGGUCAACAGGUGCCUCAGCAGGUGCAGCAAUCACAACAUGUGUAUCCAUCCCAGGUGCACUAUGUAGGGGAAGGUGGAGAGGCAGUUUACACUAAUGGAACAAUUCGCACAGCCUACUACAACCCAGAGGUUCAAUUGUACGGUCAGAGCAGUGGGGGAUCGUACUUUGACUCGCAGGCGGGUGGUGCUCAUGUUGCCACGGUGGUCUCCUCUGCCAGUGGUGGGGUGCCACCCCAUAGCAUGGUGGGCAUUGCCAUGGACGUAAGCAGCAGCCAUAUCAUCUCUAGCGGCAGCACCUAUUUGAUCCAUGGAGGAAACAUGGAGGGAAGUCGCAACCAUAUAUCUCACUCAUCUCGCUCCUCUUCAGCCAUGCUUGAAAUGGCGAUUGAAAACCUCCAAAAGUCUGAAGGAAUUGCAAGUCACAAAAGCAGCCUGCUCAACAGCCAUCUCCAGUGGCUGCUGGACAACUACGAGACUGCGGAGGGGGUGAGCCUGCCCCGGUGCUCCCUCUAUAACCAUUACCUGCGGCAUUGCCAGGAACAGAAACUCGAUCCCGUCAAUGCAGCCUCCUUUGGCAAGCUUAUCCGCUCCGUCUUCAUGGGUCUCAGGACCCGCCGCCUCGGAACCAGGGGAAACUCAAAGUAUCAUUAUUACGGCAUCCGGGUAAAGCCAGAUUCUCCACUAAACCGGCUGCAGGAAGACACCCAGUACAUGGCCAUGAGGCAGCAGCCUGUCCACCAGAAGCAAAGGUUCAAACCUCUGCAGAAGGUGGAUGGAAUGUCCGACAACCUCUGUGUAAGUUCCCACUGCAACAACACUCCGGAGCAAUCUGUAGCAGCUCAGAGCCAGCACCAUCAGCAGUACAUCGACACAUCCCACAGCUUGCCUGAGUUUCCAACUCCUGAAAUGGGCAAUCAGCCUCCGCCCGAGCACAUCAGUAUGAACGAUAUCAAGAAGCUGCAGACGCUCUACAGAGACCACUGCGAGGCUACUCUGGAUGUGGUCAUGAACCUCCAGUUCCACUACAUCGAAAAACUCUGGCAGACUUUUUGGUACUCAACACCGCCAUCUAGUGAGGGAAGCACCACCAUCCUCAACAGUGAUGACGAACUGGACGGCAUGCUGCCAAGAGAGAAGCUAGUGGCUUUGUGUAAAUAUGAACCAGUCCGGUUGUGGAUGAGAAGCUGCGAUCACAUUCUCUACCAGGCCUUGGUGGAGAUCCUCAUCCCGGAUGUGCUGCGCCCUGUUCCCAGCACUCUCACUCAAGCCAUCAGGAACUUCGCCAAGAGCCUGGAGGGAUGGCUGACUAAUGCCAUGACCAGCUUUCCUCAAGAAAUCAUCCACACAAAGGUGGCGGUGGUCAGUGCCUUUGCGCAGACUCUAAGACGUUACACCAGCCUCAACCACCUGGCCCAGGCUGCGCGCGCCGUCCUCCAGAACACCUCGCAGAUCAACCAGAUGCUCUCCGACCUCAACCGGGUGGACUUUGCUAACGUUCAGGAGCAGGCAUCCUGGGUGUGUCAGUGUGAUGAAAGCGUGGUCCAGCGUCUGGAGCAGGACUUUAAAGUCACACUGCAGCAGCAGAGUUCUCUGGACCAGUGGGCCACCUGGCUAGACAACGUUGUCUCUCAGGUCCUCAAGCCCCACCAGGGCAGCCCCAGCUUCCCUAAGGCGGCACGCCAGUUCCUUCUGAAGUGGUCUUUCUACAGCUCCAUGGUGAUCAGAGACCUGACUCUGCGCAGCGCCGCUAGUUUCGGUUCCUUCCACCUGAUUCGCCUGCUGUACGAUGAGUACAUGUUCUAUCUGGUGGAGCACCGCGUGGCUCAGGCCACCGGGGAGACGCCCAUCGCUGUCAUGGGGGAGUUCAGUGACCUGAGCUCCAUGAUGCCAGCACUCAUGGAGAAAGACGUGUCCUUUUCUGACGAGAUGAGCGACCUGGGCAGCGAGGCAGACGUGUCCCGAAGCGAGCCGGCGGUCAAGAGGGAACGCAUCGAAAUGAGCCACCCUCUGCAGGAGAUGUGAGACGUGAGCCCCACCAAACUACCCCUGAAGCGCUGGUCGGCCCACACUGCAUCCUUCUGCCAUCAGUGUGUGCAAUGUGUACACUUCUCUCCUCUAUAAAUAGUAGCCAUGAUGUCACGGUAAUAGUGCUGCACACGUCUCUUUUACUCCUUUUUCUUUCUUUCUUCAAGUGCAACUGUGAACGAGUUUGUGCGUUUCUUGUUUUUCCAAUUCAGACGUGCUUUGUGGUGCUUUAUUGUUCAGUUAGCUGUGCCAUGGUGUCAUUUGAGUGCCUUAGAUCGCUAACUAUCCAACCAUCCUGCCAGAUGUCUACACCUGUCCCUCAGCUGUGCCUCGACUGCACGAUGAAUGUAAUGUCUCAGAGCACCUUUAAACUGUGUGUGUGUGUGUGUGUGUGUGUGUGUGUGCGCGUGUGUGUGCGCGUGUGUGUACUCCCUUGUUGCCUCUGCUGCAACUUGCAGCCAACACAGAAAAACAUGACAAGCUGGAACAUGCAACCCUACGGACCCAAAGGAGCUUACCCCUCAUUCUAAUGUGCGUUACCGUGGUAACCCGUAGAUGUCUUUACCUCACUAGAUUUCUAUGCUGUGUGGCUCAGACAACAUAAGGCAUAAGUGUAUUCUUUCUUUGUAAAUAUUUCCACCGCAGACCUACAGUAGCAUCCUUAUCUUAAUCAUCUUCAUGUCACCCCCUGCUGAGGCCCCGUUGGAUUAAGUAGAACGCUAACAGGAAGUAUGAGCUUAAUAAAUUAUAUAUUACAUAUAUCUUUAUGACGUGUGUAUGUUUUGUGGCCUUUGCCUCAUUUCUCUGUGUCAGAAAAAAAAGUUUUGAUUUGUAACUGAUUCUAAAGUUCUGUGUGUGAUUAAUUUGUUUCCAACCAUUGGAUAUAUAAAGAUCAAAUUGUCCCAAUCCAAUAAUUGAAUGAUUCAUUUUCUGUUUGAACCCUCAACCCCCUUUCACCUCUUGUGCUGACUUAUUUAAUGCUUUUUGAGAUGUGUUGCCUUCAAGUGCUUUGGAAAACGUCACGUUCUUUUUCAAUGUUUUGUAUAACUGUUAUAGAUUUUUGGCAUUUUUUUAUGGAACUAGAUUUGGGUCUUACGAGCAUACCGAAGCCCUAUUUUUGUGCAUUUUUAACCUCCACUUUAUCCAGCCCAAGAACAGACGACGCUUGUUAUUCAGCUGUAUUUUGUACUUGGUCACAAUGUGUAAUAAACUGGCAAAAACCAAA